AUGGACACGGCUGUGAUUCAGAACAGUGAAAGUGUCAUGGAGCUCCACUCAGGGUUCCACAUGUCUUCCUCUUCUUCCUCUUCUUCUUCUUCUUCCACGACAUUUACCAUGACCUCCACCCAACUCCGUAAAGUCUCUCAGAACUCCAAGGUUGUAGAUGAGCAUUCAGUUGUGCAGCAUAAGACUUCUGCUGUAGUGGAAUCAUUUAAACUGGUGGAGAAGAGUUUGGAGAUUCCUCCGGGAGAGUGUGUGCCGGUUUUUGAGGAAAGACCACGUCCCAUCACUGCUCAGGAGGGUGAUAAGGCCUCUUUCAAGGUCAAAGUGUCUGGGAUGCCUGAACCCACAGUGACCUGGAAAAGAGAAAGUGGGAAACCGUUAACAGAAGGAGCUAAUACUUACUUUGACAGUAUCAAUAAACGACAUGUGCUGAAGAUCAAAAACCUGACUUUGGAAGAUGCUGAUGUGUAUCAGUGCAUUGCCUCCAAUGAUCAUGGAGAUGUCAUCUACUCUGUUUCACUCAUCAUAGCUGAAAAUCCAACGAUGGACUUCAAAAAAAUUUUGAGGAAGCGUAUUGCGGCGAGUAAGAAAGAGAAGCCUCCGACAGAGGAGGAAAUGCUGAGGAUCCUAUCCGGGGCUGAUAAGAAGGACUACGAACGCAUUUGUGCCGAGCACGGGUUCACUGACUUCAGAGGCAUCCUCAAGAAACUCAAGGAGAUGAAAAAGAAAGUAGAUGUGGAGAUGGUUAAAGUUCUGAAGCCCUUGGAAGACGUAACUGCCAAGGCAGACUCCACUGUUGUGUUUGACACAAUUUUGGAGUUAAAAGACCCAAACACCAGGAUGAUUUGGCUGCAGGACACAGUACCAUUGAGGAUUCAGUACUCCCUUGGGAAAUAUGAGGCCAAACAGCUGGGAACUAAACACAUGUUAUGCAUCUCUAGUGUUAGCUUGAAAGACUGUGGCACGUACACACUACAGGUUGGAGACAAGACCUUAUCCGCCAAGCUCACUGUCAUAGAUGAGCCCUUGAAGUUCCUGUCCGAGCUGAAGCCCAUGCGUGUGACGGAGAGGCAGACGGCCAUGUUCGAGGUGCGUCUCUCCAAAAAGACAGAUGCUCCUCUGGUGUGGAAGUUUGGAGGGAAGGAGCUGAAGAGGAAUGAGAAGUUUGACGUGUCUGUGUCUGAGGAUGGGCUCACUUACGUUUUAAAAGUCAAGGACGUUCGUCCCACUGAUACUGGCGACUACACUAUAAGCAUCGGAGACCUUACCACCACCGCUCCACUCUUUAUUGAACGUAUUCCAAUCAAAUUUGUAAGUCACCUUAAGAACAUUCAUGCAAGGGAAAAGGGUAAAGCAUGUCUAGAAGCAGAGAUGAGCACUAAGGAUGUCUAUGUGAAAUGGCUGAAAGAUGGGCGGGACAUCACUAAUGACCCCCGGUAUGUCUUCCUGAGAGAGGGAAAGAGGGCAGAGGUUAUCAUAGAGGACUGCGACCUGGCAGACAGUGGUGAAUACGCUAUAGUCUGCACACAGGACAAUGAUGCCAAGGAGUACGUCAGCUCUGCCAACCUCACAGUGGAUGAACGCUUUGCUACAGUGAAGAGUGGCAUGGCAGAUGUUCAGUGUCCAACAGGUUCAGGUGCAGAGCUGUGCGUUGUUCUAAAUGAUGAGAAAGUAGAUGGAGUUUGGUUUAAAGAUGGAAUAGUGGUUUCUGAGCUGAGUGGAGUGCAGGUGGUGAAACAAGGCGCGGUGCAUAAGCUAAUCUUCAGUGGAAUUGGCACGGAGCACGAGGGGAAAUACACCUUCAGGGCCAAAGGGGCUGAAAGCGAAGCCAUACUCACUGUUGCUGAUCCUCCCACUAUUGAUCCCACCACACUGGAGAUACUGUCUACCGAGCCUGUUACAGUGAAAGCGGGGCAAACUGCCACCAUAAAGAUCCCCUUCAGUGGAAAGCCAGUGCCCAAAGUGACAUGGUAUAGGGACGGCAUUGAGGUGGUGGAGGAUGGGCGUACCGUGGUGGAACGGGCUGAGGACUCCACCACGCUGGUGCUGAGUAAAUGUGUGAGAGAGGAUAGUGGUGCAGUGAUGCUGAAACUGAAGAGCGACUGUGGCUCGGCCACAGCUAGCUUGCAACUCCUCGUGGUUGAUCGCCCCAAACCCCCUCAGGGUAAAGUGGAGUUCCUGGAGCGCAGUGGUAACUGCAUUACCUUGAAGUGGAAACCUCCUCGUGACGAUGGAGGGAUGCAAGUGACUAGUUAUGCCAUUGAGAGACGUAUUGCAGGGAAGAAGUCCUGGUUCAAAGUUGGGGAGGUGGAUGGCAACGUUACCAAGUUUAGUGAUGACAAGGUACAAGAAGGCAAAGCCUACCAGUAUCGCAUCAGGGCAGUCAACACGCAAGGCUUGAGUGAGCCUCUAGAGACUGAAGAUGCAUAUGCUGGAGAACCAGUGGAGCCUCCUGGGAUGACCUCACAGCCACAGAUCACAGAUGUGACCAAAGAUAUGAUCACAGUAACAUGGGCUCCACCAGCUCAGGAUGGAGGUGCUCCUGUGUUAGGGUAUAUAGUGGAGAGGAGAAAGAAAGGAGGCAAUAUGUGGGUGCCCGUCAGUAAAGAGCUGAUCCAAGACACAAAAUGUACUGUUGAUGGGCUGGUUGAGGACAUGGAGUAUGAGUUCAGAGUUACUGGUGUAAACAGAGCUGGACAAGGGAUUCCAAGUUCAGUCUCCAAUUCAGUUCUGGCAAAAGAUCCAAUCCGUGCUCCGGGCCUUGUGAAGAACCUGCACGUGAAAGAUUCUUCCAACUCGUCUAUCUCGUUGGGUUGGUCUCCUCCAGAGCAGGGUGACAAACCCUCAGGUUACAUACUGGAGAUACGUCCCGAAGAUGCCAAGGAAUGGUCCAAAUGUUCCAAGCUUCCUAUUGCUGGCAUAUCUUUCACUGUUAACGGCUUACAAGAACGCAUGAAGUACUUCUUCCGCAUUCGAGCUGUCAAUGAGGGAGGCAUUGGGGAACCCAUAGAGCUGGACCAAGGAGUAUUGGCCAUGCCACCGCCAGUGCCUCCCAGGUUUGAUCUGCAGGGCAAACUGAAGGGUCAGAUGGUGCUGCGUGCUGGGACUGCACUUUGUCUCCAUGUUACUUUCAUGGGCUCACCUGCUCCAGAAAUUACCUGGAUGAAGGAUGGUAUCCCAACAAAGGGAAGAGAGGUUAUUACAAAAGGAACAAAACACUCACAAUUCCUCAUAAGCUCCUCUCAGCGUUCGGAUUCAGGAACAUAUCGCAUCAACCUACGCAAUGACUACGGGGAGGUCCACUAUGAUGUCAACGUUCGUGUUGCAGAUUACCCUCUGCCUCCUGAAAACCUGUGUCUGGUGGAGGAGGUUCCUGGUACAGUCACCCUGCACUGGGACCACACACCAGAUUUGGAAAAUGAUGAGCAGACUCACUACGUCAUUUUGAAGAGAGAUACAAGCACAGCCACAUGGUUCACAGCAGCAGAGCGUGUGUUCAGCAACAAGUACACAGUCACCGGUCUGCUGCCCGGACGCAAGUACUACUUCAGGGUUGUAGCUCGCAAUAACAUGGGAAACAGUGAUCCUCUGGACUCAAAGGAGCCAUUCAGCAUUGCCAAAGAGAAAGACAAUUUCAUCAUGAGUGUGAAUGAAUACACUGCUAAGGAACGUUCAGUCAAGCCUGCGUUCAUCUUGCCUUUGAAAGAUCACGCAGUCAGGCAGGGCAAUGACUGCACCAUGAGCUGUGCUUUUGUGGGCACCCCAACCCCACAGGUGACCUGGUACAAGGGAGAGGUGAAGAUUUCAGACAGUCCACGAAUUUGGCAAACAUCUUCCCAUGGCGUGUGUACCCUUAUCAUCCCCUCCUGCGGCACUAAAGACAGUGGAGAAUACACUCUGCUCUUAGAGAACCCACUGGGAGAGGCCAAGUGUAAAUGCAACUUGGUCAUCUUUGACAAAGAUGACAAAAGCUUGUUGGAGAGCCUGACAGAAGGUUCUGGAAAGGAGAAACAUAUCAUCUGA